AUGUGCGACGCGGAUGUAUGCCUCGGCAUUCGCAUUCGAGAGACUGGCCAGAUACAUAUUUUGUCCGCGGACACUUCGGGGUUUUGGGCUUUCCUUGCUUCACAGUUGAGCUCCUACUACCCAAAACCAAGGUUGAUCACAGAGGUUGAUUUGCAGAAAACCGAAGACACGAUGGGCACCUUGGAAGCAGUUCAAUGA